CUGACGCCAUUUCGCUCCCACUGGACAUCUUCCUACAGCCAACAUGCAACACUUUGGAAAGAGUGUUAUCCGUGUCACCAAAAAUUAUACGAAAGGUUACUCUGAUACACAAGCAAAAGUCCGCGAUGCGACUAGCAAUGAUCCUUGGGGCCCUAGUGGCACGCAAAUGAACGAGAUAGCCCAAUUGACAUACAAUCAGAACGAUUUCGUGGAAAUAAUGGAGAUGCUUGAUAAGAGGCUGAAUGACAAGGGCAAGAAUUGGCGGCAUGUGUUCAAGAGUCUCACCGUGCUUGACUACUGUCUUCACCAAGGCUCCGAAAACGUUGUCAUCUACUUCCGCGAUAACGUAUAUAUCAUCAAGACCCUCAAGGAAUUCCAAUACCUUGAUGAAGAGGGGAAAGACCAGGGCGCUAAUGUGCGUCAGAAGGCGAAGGACAUCACUAGCCUGCUGCUUGAUGAGGGUCGACUUCGUCAAGAAAGGAGGGCUCGGGCGAGCAUGCGGGACCGGAUGAUACGCGGUGCUGGAGGCGACUACGACGAACCUGACAACGAUGCCGACGAAAACCGCCACCGCCGUAGCCUGAAUGGCAACCUGCCGAAUAGGAGGACUGGGGAUGAGGACGAUUUGAGAAAAGCCAUCGAAGAGAGUAAGCGAACGUUGGCGCAGGAGCGAAUCACCGCGGAGGAGAGGGACCUUCAGGAGGCCAUCAAGCUCAGCGAAGAGGAGGAGGCGAAGCGGCAUAAGGCUGUUGAAGACUCUAAUUCUUCUGCUCUUUUCGAUGACCAGAAUCAGCUAUCUGCGCCUAUCAGCAACAAUCCCUUCCCAAUGAACAAUAUGAGCGACCCUACGCCGUAUGCUGUCGGCCUUCAACCGCAAUUCACGCAGGUCCAACCACAAUUCACUCAAAUUCAACCGCAAUUCACUGCGUUCAACCCAUAUCAGCAGCAGGCACAGGCCGAGCAGGAGAUGCUUAUGCAACAGCAGUUCCUAUUGCAGCAGCAGCAGCAAGCGCAGAACGACGAGUGGAUGAGGCAACAAUUACUAUUGCAGCAGCAACAGCAACAACAACAACAACAGAGUAUGUUCUUGCAGCAACAGCAGUCAAUUAUGGCGCAGCCGACGGGUCUUGGGUCGAACAAUCCCUUCGCACCCUCUCCUAGCCAUUCUCAGCCUGGAUCUUCGCCUUCUCCUCAUCCUACCCCUCAGUUUAACCUUCAAGGCACAUAUGCCAACAACAACCAGAAUGUCGACCUUUCCUCCUUCAAUCACCAUUCAAACUACUCCUCUCCAUCUCCCGGACCAUCACCUGUCAACAAUAAUCCCACUAGGCCUGUAGUCAAAACACGGCAGGAUGAAAACGAGCACUUGGCGAACCUUUUCGCAAACCGAGACGAUGGCCAAGACACGUUUGGUAAUGUAGGCGCGUUGAGAUACGGUCAGACAAGGGUGGUGCCAAACCAGAUGACGGGGCAUAAUCCGUUUGCGAAGCAGCAGCAACAGAACGAGCAGCCUUUCUUCAGUGUUUGAACCACGAGAUAACUCAUGACGAUUGAUUUGUGAUGCAACGGAUAGUGGAUGCUUUUUUUCUUUCCCAACUGUUGCUAUCCUACUAGGUUACCUUUAUUUUAAUUUUAAAGCACAGUUGGCUCUCUUGAAACAGGGAAUCGAACUUCUAUAUCAUUAAAUCU